AACAAUCCGAAGACAUGUCUUACACCGCAGUUAUCUUACUUUUGGUUUCAACCCUCGCCCUCAUCCUGUCGACACAAGGAGCACCACAAAAGAGGAGAGAGCACUACAGGAACAUGGCAAUGCAGAGAAGAAACAAUUCACCACAACUAUCCGGAAACCAGGACAUGAUUGAAAGUGAAAGCAGAAGAUUUGAACUUGAAGAAUUUGACCUGUUGGAAACCCCUCUUUCUUCUAGAUCGCUGCCUGAAUCAGAACAAGAAAAUGAUGUGUCAGGAGAAUCCUCAGUUCACUCCGGACACAGAUCCGGACACAAGGCUGCCGGACACCGGAGUCGCGGCACUGGCAGAGGUAGACAUGCCAGGCGACACAACAAACAGCAGCCAAAAACACAACAUGCAAGAGCAGCGGGCGCUUUCUUCUUCCACCAAGCCUGGCCAACAGGCUAAGAACCUCCAACCUCAAGUAGUUUCCAGACACCAGCAUAUUCAACCAGAAUAACAUGGUUACGAUAAUCGCCAACAGCUCGAAAUCACCUACGAAAUCACCCUGGAUUACUGCAGACUGAAGGUUGACGAAGAAGAUAGGAAGACCAGAUCCAGAUAGGAUCUCAGAAUUCGAGACACGUGAUCGGACACGUAAUCAAUCACGUGAUCAGACUCCUCCAGACUGACUACUAGGUAUUUUGAUGUUACUCCGUAGCGAGAUGAAAAGACAUUUAGACGGUAUAGACAUUUUUGUUUGAGAUAGGUAAUAAUGAACUUCAGCCAUAGAUUGGCAUGGGAUGGUUAGUACAGAAAGCACAAGUCAAUUCGGUUGGGCUUAUUUAUUUGUGCACAAAUUAUUUAUUGUAUUUAUUGUAUUGUUGAUGGUUCUAUUUUAAUGAAAUUCAACAUGCUCAUUCCUAUAAAGUUUUGAGAUUAUUUAAAUUGCAGCAUGAUGUGUGUGUAAAAGUUAUUGUAAUUUUGCCCGUAUAUGGCGGCAUUAACAUUAAUAGCUACAAUUUAUUGUUCAUUCACAUGACAAAUAUCUAAAUACCUUUAUUUUUA